AUGGAAGCCACCAUUCCAUUCCUCAACGAUCUACCACCCAACAAGAGACUGAGACUCAUGCAAAAGCAACAACACCAUAGUUCAUGCUCACCCUUACCAGCCAAGAAACGCAAGGAGUCUCGAAACCCCACGUUUCUUGAUGACCCACCAUCACCUCCUCAACCCUCUAACACUGUUUAUUCUCUACCCGCUAAAAAAAGGGUAUACGCCCUUCAAUCCCAUCACCUCGCUCCCAACGACGUCGUUUCGCGAUCCUUUGACCUCAACAAUGAGCCCAUCAACGAGGCCCAAUUAUCCCCCGAAAAAGCCCAACAAGAAGAAAACAUCAACGAUGAUAAUAAUAGCGAUGAUGAUGGGAUUGUAUGCUGUGUGUGCCAGAGCACCGAUGGUGACCCUGCGGAUCCAAUCGUUCUAUGCGACGGGUGUGACGUCAUGGUGCACGCUUCAUGCUAUGGGAACCCACUCUCAAAGGGUGUCCCAGAUGGUGACUGGUUCUGCGAACGGUGUCGUUUCAGCGAGGGUGAGGAAAAGGGUGAUUUUGUUUGUUGUUCGCUGUGCCCAGUGAAGGAGGGUGCAAUGAAACGCACCACGGAUCAGCGUUGGGCACACGUGGUGUGCGCGCUGUUGGUUCCAGAGGUGUUUUUCUUGGACUCAGAAGGAAGGGAAGGGAUCGAUUGCUCAAAGAUUCCAAAGAAGAGGUGGUUGGAGAAGUGUUAUGUUUGUGGUUCUUGUGAUGGUUGUGCUUUGGUUUGCUCUGAGCCUAAGUGUGGUUUGGCUUUUCAUGUUACUUGUGGCCUCAGAGAGGAUCUUUGUAUUGAGUAUAAGGAAGGGAAGAAGGGUGCCACCAUUGUUGCUGGGUUCUGCAAAACCCACACUCAAAUAUGGGAUAAGCAACAGCAAUCGGGGAAAUACAAAAUUGUUGCCGUCGAUGAUAAGUAGCAAAAGUUGAAGUUGUCUUUUUUUUUUUUUUUUACAAAUAGAAGUUGAUGUCUUUUAAACUUGUUCGUUUAGUUACCUUUUUAGGGAAUUGCUGAGUUAGUUAGUUUUGCAGUUUUUUGAGUUGUAAUUUUUACUCAUGUUUUAUGCUUUGUGUUAGUUUUCAGAAUUUUCAGAUGUUGACAGUUGGGCAACAGUAUGUGAUAGUUAUGUUCGAUUACAACAAUAACAGUUGAAUUGUGACCAACUUAAGCUAUUAGAACCCAAAAAAACAAGAAA